AGCAAUGAAUCAUGAAUUUGAAAUUAUCACAUAUUGGACUCUUGGACCCCUUGAUUUUGACCACGUAUAAGACUGCCAGUGAGGAAACUACACAAUUGGAAUAAGAUAAUCCAGAAGGUUGAAAAUGGCUGCUUUUAGAACAUUAGUUGGAGACAAUGUAAUACUUUGUGACCCGUGUGAAAAUGAAGGACGCUAUUUUCAUGCAGAAGGUUUUUGUACUGAUUGCAAUGAUUAUUUGUGCUCAGAGUGUUUAAAAGUUCACCGACGUCCAGUUUUAUGGCGAUAUCAUCAAAUUCUGACAAAGCAGGAGAUACCAAAGACAAAGUCACUGGAAGAAGUAAAAGACAAAUGUGUGGAACCAUGUGCGCAACAUCGAGAUAAAAUUCUGGAAUACUUUUGUCCAGUUCAUGAUGAACUUGCAUGUUCACUGUGCAUGUUUAGAAAACACAGAUUGUGUCAAGAUGUUAGCUAUAUUCCAGACAUUGCAGAGUCAGUCAUUGAAAAUAACGAACUGAAGGACUUGAAGGACAAUUUUUCUGACUUUCUUAAUGAAAUCGAUACAUGUAGGAAGUUAGCAGAGAGGACCCUAGCUGAAGCAGAGGAAAUUCGAAAAGAAGCUGUUAGAAAGUUGACAAAUUUGAAACGUGAGAUUUGUAAUGUCUUUGACCAGGUAUUGGAAGAUAUUGGGUUCAUAAAUCAAUCUGAUAGCAAUAAUAUUAAAGCAUCAAACAGUUGUUUCAACAGAGUUUCGAAAAGGAUCAAAACCCAUGUCAGUGUUUUAGAAAAGAAAGAAAAGGAGAAUAAAUGGUCACAGCUUUUUGUUGCAGCUAAACGUUUUAAGCUAGAUUUGAAGGAAAUGCAAGAUGAAGUGGAAAAAUCAAAGGAAAAUUGCUGUGCCCAAUACUUCGAAGUAGCUGUCACUGAAAAAGAUAUUGUAGAAAUGCGGAAAUGUCUUGGAAAAAUCUGGAAGCUAAAUGUUAGAAAGAUUUUCCCUUCAAAUGGGAACCAGGACCGGUUUUUGGGAGAAAAUCAAACUGAGAUGCAGUAUACAGAAAGUAAAAAGAAGCUGGUACUUGAAUGCUUGUCAAAGCAUACUGAUAGGCCACCAUUGCAUCAGAAUGAAGAAGAUAGCAGAUUGGAUGUAGCUAUACCAAUGCCAGAACAGUUGAAUGCAAGUCGAAUCGCAACAGAUGCAGAACCUGAAAAUAGCACGGAAAUAAAAGGUCUAUGGAGUCCUGCAAAUCCCAAUGGCAUACAACAAUAUAGUCGUGAGUUUCUGUUGGAGCUACAAACCAGUUUUCAUGCUCUCCAUAAACCUGCAGGUGUUCUUGACAUUCCAAAAAUUGUUUUUGAUAAGCCAUUGAUAGACAAUGACGAGGGACCGGUAGAUACAAUUUGUACAGAGACUAGUGACGUUUGUGAUCGCAUGGCUAAUUUUAGCUGGGUCGGACAUAAUACUAAGAAAAAGAAAAGAAGGAAAAAAAGAAAACCCCAUUCAGAUGGUAAUGAUAACCAGAAAAACACCAAUAGUAUUUUUGAAGAUAAGCUGGUGAAGGAUAUAAGUGACGGUGAUAACGUUGAAAUAGUAACUGGUGUGAGGUCAAUAAAUACAAUGACGCAGUCUAACAAUGUCUUAACAGAUCAAGAUGACAAAUCGGACAAGAAACAAGCAGAUGGAAGUGUUGUUCCUCAGAACCGGACGGGUGCAUCAAUGAAGACGUUAAGACAAACAAUGCAUGUGUAUUUAGCUAAAGGAUCUGCAGAUAAUCAUGAUGUCAUAAGUUGGAUUGACGGUAACGUCGAGGAAUCAGUUAGAAGAGGGAAUUCAUUUAUGAAAAUUCUAAUGACUAACAUUUGUAUACAUUCACUCGAAAAAGAUGACGAAGUUGAAUGCGUUUUUGAUGUUGAUAAGAUCCGUGACAGGCAAGAUUUGCUACGGAAGUAUCUUGCACAUAAUCCAGACCUGGAACUGCAGGCCCUGUAUGCGUUACAGCUAUUUGUUGGAAAACGCAAAUGUCCUCCAGGAAAUAUUCGAGAGAUAUUGGAUGUACUAUAUGAAGCUGACAUUAUCUCAGAAGAUGGUUUUUUCAAGUGGGAGACCUCUGAAGAGAUGAAGGAAUGUAAAGAAACGAUCCUGAAGCAAGUUAUUCCAUUCUUUGCCUGGUUGCUGACAAAAGGCAAAUGGUAGUGGCAAGUUAUUUGAGACAAACAGACAUAACCGGGGAAUAAUGGUAGUCUUUAUUUCAUUUUUGAAGUGUGAUUGUAGAACCAGAACUUAUGACUUUCGUCAAACUGUAUAUUUAUUUGUUUGGUUCAUUAAUAGACAUUCCAUGAUGCUCUUCAGGCCAUUCCAGUCUGUCAUGUUUGAUUUUAUACAUUGUAUUUAGGUUUUAGCUGGACAAUUCAACUAGUCACCCGGCCAGUGUUGUCGGUUAAGGUUUAUGUGUGCAAGACCAUUGCAUGUAUUGGAUUGACACUUAACAAAAGGUUUCCUAAUCACCUGUUACUGAAAUAAUUGAGACAACUUUUGGAUUAAUUUAAUUGAAAUUAUGGCCUUUUUUGACUUCAGUUUUGAGUGCAAGUAACUGUCAAGGUGUAUCUCAAUAACAACCUGAUGUAUUAGAUUAAAAAAAGCCUAUUGAAAUAACUAAGUUAAACGACUCUUUGUUGAAAUUAAUAUAAAUUAUUUCCAUUUUGCAACUUCAAAAAUCUGGUUUAAGUUUUGUGCUUAUCUACUGAACUGUUUUUCAGUAACAACUGUAUAAAUGUAUUGGAUUGAAACUGCACACAAUACUUACAAAUCAUCAGAUCUAUAGAAAUAGUACUAGAAAAUUAUGGCCUUUUUUAUCGACUAAAGUUUUUUGUGCAACAAUUUAGCAGUAUCUCAGUAACAACCGCAUAUACUGGAUUGAAACUUCAUACAAGACAUCUUUCUCAUCAAAUGUACUUAAAUACUCAAGUAAGAUAACUCUUGCUUGAAGUUCAUUAAAAUUACAAAAAUGUAUCGCCUUUGAUUGACUUAGAAAAUAUGGUUAAAUUUAGUAAGUUGUUAUAAUUGUUGCAAUGAAAUUUUUAUUUGUAAAAGAUUGUAAUAAGAUAUUUCAGUUUCCUAAAUCAUGCCAAGUUAUGGCUUUUAUUUGAUUAAAAAGUUGUUAAAUAGUCGAGCUCACUGUCUUAUGGACUGUCCUUGUUAUAAACAUUUUAUUAAUCCCCCGCCGUGGCGGAGGGAUUAUAGGAAUGGUCUGCGUCCGUCCUUCCGUCCGUAACACUUUCGUGUCCGCUCCAUAUCUCCUAAACCCCUUGAAGGAUUUUCAUCAAACUUGGGUCAAAUGAUCACCUCAUCAAGACGAUGUGCAGAACCCAUGAGUCAGCCUUGUCGGUUCAAGGUCAAGGUCACAGCUCAAGGUCAAAGGUUUGAGCCUGCCAUUUUGUGUCCGCUCUAUAUCUCCUAAACCCCUUGAAGGAAUUUUAUAAAACUUGGGUCAAAUGAUCACCUCAUCAAGACGAUGUGCAGAACCCAUGAGUCAGCCAUGCCAGCUCAAGGUCAAGGUCACAACUCAGGGUCAAAGGUUUGAGCCUUCCAUUUUGUGUCCGCUCUAUAUCUCUUAAACCCCUUGAAGGAAUUUUAUAAAACUUGGGUCAAAUGAUCACCUCAUCAAGACGAUGUGCAGAACCCAUGAGUCAGUCAUGCCGGCUCAAGGUCAAGGUCACAACUUAGGGUCAAAGGUUUGAGCCUUCCAUUUUGUGUCCGCUCUAUAUCUCCUAAACCCCUUGAAGGAUUUUCAUCAAACUUGGGUCAAACGAUCACCUCAUCAAGGCGAUGUGCAGAACUUAUGAGUCAGCCAUGUCGGCUCAAGGUCAAGGUCACAACUGAAGGUCAAAGGUUUGAGCCUUCCAUUUCGUGUCUGCUCUAUAUCUCCUAAACCCCUUGAAGGAAUUUUAUAAAACUUGGGUCAAAUCAUUACCUCAUCAGAACGAUGUGCAGAAAUUAUGAGUCAACCAUGCCAGCUCAAGGUCAAGGUCACAACUAAGGGUAGAAGGUUUGAGCCUUACAUUUGGUGUCCACUCUGUAUCUUUUAAACCCCUUCAAGGAUUUUCAUCAGACUUGGGUCAAAUGAUCACCUCAUCAAGAACUCAUGAGUCAGCCAUGUCAACUCAAGGUCAAGGUCACAACUCAAGGUCAAAGGUUUCAGCUCUGUAUCUCCUAAACCCCUUCAAGGAUUUUCAUGAAACUUGGGUCAAAUGAUCACCUCAUCAAGACGUUGUGCAGAAUUCAUGAGUCAGCCAUGUCAGUUCAAGGUCAAGGUCAUAGCUAAAAUCAAAGGUUUACCCUUUCACUAUCCAUAGCAGUGGCGGGGGAUUUAGCUGUCUUUCAGACUGCCUUGUUGAUGUUAUAUUGUAUGUUUUUGUGAAAGUUGUUCUUUUCAUUAAUGUUUUCAACCAUUAUACAAUAAAUACAGAUACAAAAUA